AUGGCAGGGCUCGCGUACGGCCUCGCCCCAGUAGUCCGCGAUUGGGCUGCAACAGGUCUGUACGCCGCCAACCUCUGGACAUCUCUCCGCAGGGAUCGCCACUGCACGUGCAGCUUCACAGGAAAGCACGACAGAGAGCUGCUGCAGGUCCUGCAGCGACAACUUGACAGGUGUGGCCCUGAGCAGCUUCGCAGCGCCCCUUUGGAGUGUCCCUCGAGCUUCUGGGAGAUCGCCUCAGUCUUGUGCCUCGCUGUGGGGGCCGCGUUCAUCAUUGGCUUCCUCGUCGGCCGGUUCCAUGGCCAUGGUCCCGCGAAGGGGGACAAGCUAUAUUGUCUGCGCAGCCUGGAGGACCGUCGGUUCCACGAGAGGCUUCUGUGCGGCCACGUGGACGGCUCACGGUUGGAGGUGGCGACGCCUGAUGCUGACGUGUACGCGGAUGACUUCGCUGACGAGAACCACGUGGAGAUCCACCGAGCUGGCCCUCGAGGGGGAGUCCCGCAUCAGCUGCGCAAAAAGAUGCUGUACCAGCUCGGCCUGGACGAGCAGGCUCGGGCCGCCCUCCUCGCGGAUGCCGGCGGUGGACCCCUGCCGCCAGUGCAGCUGGAUGACGACUGGGUCGCCCUGGAGUCGCGACGGGGUUUCAGGCGGGGCUCGUCAGUGGGCGUCACGUUCGCCUUCGUCUACGCCCUGGACGACCGCGACAGGGCCUCGUUCAUGGAGGAGGUCAUCGUGCUGGAACGAGUGGAAACCCUCUCCGAGGAGGCGCCGCCUGCUCCACGGGACGCACUGGGUGAUGUCCCGGACGAGCGCAUCCUGAGGUACUGGAGGGGCGGUGCGGUCCAGCGGCGGCACGCCUUCUCGGAGGUGGCUGCCGAGCAACGCGAGGUGCUCAGGACGCAGGAGUGGCGCGUGCAAGGGCCCGCUACCAUCGACUGGCUGCUUCAGGCGCAUCUGGAGCAGGGUAGCGGGCUUGUCCAGCGGCACUACUGGUGGAGGCAGAUCCGGGGGCUGGCGGCUGCUGACCCCGGGAUCGACGCGCAUUUGCUCCUGUGCGGGCUGAUCGAGACGGCCCCCACGGCCGACCAGCUCAACCUCCCCGGCUGCGAGGCGUCCGAGCUGGCAGCCAGGCGAUUCCAGCUGUGGGACGAGGUGUACUCCGAGGCCCUGCGCCAGGUCGAGGUCUCAAGCAUGGCGGGGGCCACGGACGGCUGGCUGGACGCGCGCAGGAUCGUCCUCAGCGGCUCCCGCUCCAAGGGCCAUGCUCUCGUGGCGCCACCCUUGGAGGCGCACGUGGUGGAGAAGAUGCAGGAGGAGGGCGCCAUCCUCAAGGAGAGGCGCCAGGGCAGAGAGGAGCGCCGCAUGGGGAGGGCCGCCACUGCGGUGGUGAUGGCGGCCUCGGCGCAAGGAGUCUCGGACACUGGCAUCGCGCGCGACGUCCUGCCCCUCCCGCUGGGCGUGGCGCUCGACGAGCUGCUGCACGGUGCGGCGGCACGCCUUCUGCCGCACGGCGGCGGUCGGCGCGGGCGGCAGCGCAGGCAGCAGGAGGUCUGGCUGCGCGAGGGCAUCGCUGCGCUGAACGACCUCGGUGGGCGCGGGAUGGACGCCCCCGCGGGGGUCCCUGCGGCCCGCCAGGUCACCGCCGUGCGGCGCCUCGCACAGCUCUACGGCAGGGUGGAGCCGCCGCCGUCCGACCUGACUCCCCUGGGGGCGUGGCAGACGCUCCAGGCUUCGUGGAAUGGUUAUGCAGACGUCAUGGCCGAAGGUGCUUCGACAACCUACAGGAAGGGGGCCAUGGCGCUCCCGCGGGCUGCGGCGGGGCGGGUACGGCUUGCUGACGUCCUGCCGCCGCACCUGCAGUCUCUCUUGUGUAACUCGUCGCAGAUGUUACGAGAGCCGGAGGCUCGCAAUUUUGCUUUGGGUGAGGCUCCCAGGGUCUGCGCCAUGGGCCCAGUGUUGCAGCGGCAUGGCUACCAGUAUGGCGAGUGCCUCUCCGAGCUGCUCUCUGCGGGCAUCAUUGAGCCUGCGGCCGAGGACAGCAUCAUCGAGCGCGCUGGCAUCUUUUUCGUCCCAAAGAAGGCUCUGGCGAAUUUGGAGGUCAACGCUGCUGGAGGGAUUGCUGUGGCCUCUGGUGACGUCGAGUGCUGCUUCUACCAGUACGAGCUGCCGCCGUGGGCACGUGCCUUCUUCGGUCUGCCAGCGGUCCAAGCCCGUUUCUUGGAUUCGGCAGCCCGCCAGCGCCUGGGGGUUUCAGACUCUUCGGAGAUGAUCCACUUCGUCGCCAGAGUGGUCCCCAUGGGCUGGUCGUGGGCCGUGCACCUCAUACAAGAGGCCCAUGCCCAUGUCCUGAGCAGCAUCAGCCCGGACGCGCCCUGGAUCGCAGACAAGGCGCCCGCGCCUGCGCCGGGGACUCAGUGCGCCACCGCCAAGAUGCUAUACAUCGACAACGUCGCAGUCUUCGCGUCAGGCAGCGGCGACCCCGCGCUGGAGGUGGAGCGCAUGCUGGCCGCCCUGGGCGCGCGGGGGAUUCAGGCUUCCUUUGACCGCGACGAUGGGGGCAUGCACGCCCUGCUCGGCUUCGUGCUCCACAAGCCCUCGGCCACGUGGCGUCUGUCGCACAGCAAGUUUUGGCGGCUGAAGUUUAGCCUCGAUUUUGCACUGGCACCUGGACGUCUUGUCACGGGGCGCGAGCUCGAGAGGCUGAUGGGCCAUAUCACCGCGGCUGUCAUGCUGCAGCGGCACAUGCUCUCACUCUUCCAUGCGAUCUACGAGUUUUGCAGGCGGUCGCGCGACAAGCGGCAGCCUCUCUGGUCGUCGGUGAAGCGGGAGCUCACGUGGUUCAGAGCGCUGCUUCCUUGCGUGACCGUUUCGCUGAGCCGCCCCUGGUGCGAACGGGUCACCGCCGCGGACGCCUCCCCAUGGGGGUUCGGAGUGGUGGAGCAGCCGUGGCCCAUCAGUGAUGUUCGGCGAGUUGGCAGUCUUUCGGAGCGCAGUCGCUUCAGAGGAGUCCCGACGGCGGAUUAUGCCCCCAGGGACACGCUGGUCGAGCAGCAGCUCCUCCACGCCACGGCGGACGAGGUCACCGCGGAGGGCACCCUGACCCACUUUGAGGAGGUGCCGGCAGCGCGGCUCUUGGCAGACCCGUGGUCGGUCGCGGCCGCCCGUCGCUGGCGGCGGGCCGCAGCCAUCCACGUCUUGGAGGCUGAGGGGGCGCGCUGGGCCGUUCGGCGCCUCGCGCGCAACUCGCAGCUGCAUGGGCAUCGGCACCUCGUCCUGGGUGACAACCUCGGGGUGGUCUGUGCGUGCGAAAAGGGCAGAGCUGCGCACUUUGCACUCAACGUCGUCUGUCGGGAGAUCUGCGCUAUCUCAGUCGCCUCUGGGAUGCAGCUCAGGAGAUCGGCACACAUCACGCUGGGCCUCUGUCCGGAGACAUCGGCUCGAGGGAACGCUACCAUGCCAGCGACGAUCUACUCGGUCAUCCCCGCCUACGGCAAGCGCGCCCGCGAUGCAGCGGAGCCCAAGCCGGCGCCGACCACCCGGCGCGCCUCCGAUUGGCGCGGCGGGCACGGGCCGCCAGGCCCUUCGGGCUCCCGCCGGGGCUGGACAUCCCAUGCGCCGCUGAGCGACAGGCCCGCAGAGGGCUGCGCGCGGCGGGUGCCGCUGUGUCGGCGGCGCUCGCGACUGGCGGCGCGUUGGGUGCAACACAUCACCGUGCGUUCGUACCUGCUGGUGCUGAUCAUGCGCUCGGGCUCGCCGCGGCUGCUGGCGCUGCCAGGCUGGAUCCCCGCGCAGUCGGACGAGACGCUGGUGGACUACCCCGAGUGGGCGUUCGACCGCGGCACGGGUCAGGAGGCGUCCUCUCGCACCCACUGCGCCGUGGCUGGGGGCGCGCCCGCGCUGGGAAGGCCCGCUCGGCGCCGCCAUCCCCCGGUGAACGCGUCGCUGUCAGGCGGGGCGCAGCGCCCGUCGGGCCACUCCCGCCAGCCGCUGCCGCGGGCGCCUGCGCGCGCGUUGGCGGCCGUGCUGGCCUCGCGGGAGAAGCCAGACCCGGGGCGGUGCGUCUUGGUGGCGUACGACCGAGGACUUACUGCCAGCUCCAGGACGGGCGAAUUCGACUCCACAGUGGGACCCGACAUUCAUCGACGUCACUGGAUUGGGCGCGCGGUCGCGCCGCUGCAACUGCUUCGUCUCGGAGAGAAGCUGCUGUGCGUGAGCUCGCACCUGCAGUGCCUGGCCGACUUCCACGUUGCUUGUCAAUACCUCAAGCUCAAAGGUUUGGACUGCUCGCCACACUUCCGAGGGAGCGGCGACGCGACACGCGUCUGCGUUGCAGGGUACCGCGCACCGCUGGAGGUGCGGAGGCGAGAAACGUGGAGGGCGACUCUACCAGCUCAGAGGUACGACAAGGCCAAUUGGCGGGCGGUGGUCAAGCAGGCCCUCAGCAGCGCCCAGAGGAGGAGCUGCGAGAUCCGGGCGGUGGCCGCCCCGCAGCUCUUCGUCAUCGCCUACGUGCCGCCCUCCGCGCCGGACGCCUUGCCGCGCAAUGGCGCCAAGGAUGGCAACUACGGCGGCUCGGUGGCGGCGCCAGGAGGCCACGCGUUGCCCAAGCGUGGUUGCCCGCGUCCACGUCAAUCUGCCCGCAUCCUCUCCCAGCCGGCCGCCGAUGCCAAUUGCAAAGGCCGCGACGCGAUCUCCAUACGCUGGCGCUUGGAACUUUCCGCGGCGCGAGUCGCCAAGUGCACGCGGGUUGACAAUGGUAUGGGAGCGCCAGCCGACGACGACGACAACGAUCUGCCCCCGUGGGACAGGGCGAUCUUGAUGUGCACCUUGUUGAAGCUGUUUGCCGCGUGCGGCCAGUACAUGAUCGGCUACACUAUGGGUUGGUCGGUGAAGGUCCAGCAGCUCGUGGGCGUGGACAAGGUGCAGAUCAAGGCCAUCGAGAUGAUUCUCCAGACGAAGGGCCUCAACUCUCCGAAGGUGGCGUGCUUCGGCUCGACCGCCGUGGGGUCCUUGAAGGGCUUGGACUUGGCCUUGCUCUUGGCCUUGGUGGCGGUCCUGCUCGGAGGGCCAGACUGGCCCACCAGCGUGCUGUGCGGCAUCCUGCGGAUCAGCAUCCCGCAGAUGCUGCUCGGUACCCUGCCCAUCGUGCUGCUGUGCGCGCCCUCCGUCCUGUACGGAGCUUUCCUCAUCACGCCCGUUGAGGACGAGGACGACGCGGAGGGCAGGGCCCUCUGGGAGACCCUCUCCGGCAUAAUGUUGAUGGGGUCCGCCCUCUCGCAGCUCUUCGCGGUCUGCCUCGCCCUGUACUUCCUGCAGGACAAGGCCUUCAGGCACUACGAGUACCUGGCGCAGCCCAGGCCCGAGCACGCCAAGAUCAUCGAGCUCACCCAGAGCGAGGCGGCGUACAACGACGCCUACGACAGGGUCACGCACUGGAGGAGGCUGCCGCUGUGGCUGAAGAUCAUGAUCCAGGUGGCUGUGAGCUGCAUGAUACUCCAAGGCAUGGUGCUGACGCUGGCGGGCAGCUUGUGCUUCCGGCCCUUUGGCGUCAACAACAAGAUCAGCGACCCCUGGGACAAG